AGCCUCUAAAUUGUGGUUUUGUGCGAACUAAGAAUGGAACAGGAAUAAGGGAGAAGAGAGAAGAGAAGAGAAGAGAAGAGAAGAGAAGAGAAGAGAAGAGAAGAGAAGAGAAGAGAAGAGAAGAGAAGAGAAGAGAAGAGAAGAGAAGAGAAGAGAAGAGAAGAGAAGAGAAGAGACGAGACAGCAGUUUAAGCUUCUGGAAGUAGAUGGGAUUCUUCCUGGCUAUUUGACUGGAAUCUCAGCGUUUACCACAGAAAUGCAGAGGGGUUCUUCAGUCAGACUUGAAUGAGAUACCCUAAAGGAAAGGCCCUCUCCAGCAUUCCCGUCCAUAGGACUGGACAAGAUGCCAAAGAAGGAAAACAGUCAAAAAGAAGAGUCUGUUCUCCAGAAUGACCCCAGUGAAUCAUUUGAAGAAGAAGUUAGAGCAUUCCUCAGUGAUGAAGAGAAACUGCAUCUUUUUGAUGACCUUACAAAAGUUAAUCCAGUGACAACUACAACAGUUCUGAAAUGCCUUCAAGCAAGAUAUGAAGUAAACUUGUUUUAUACAAAUGCUGGCUGCAGCCUGGUGGCUUUAAAUCCAUUUCAGCCCAUCUCCUGCCUCUACUCACCUGAGCUUAUGAGGGAGUACCACGUUGCACUUCGUCCUCAGGAUUUAAAACCUCACAUCUUUGCAGUGGCUGAACAAACCUACAGGAACGUCCAAAGCCAGAUAGAACCUGUAAACCAGUCUAUAAUUGUUAGUGGAGAAAGUGGUGCUGGGAAGACCUGGACAUCUCGCUGCCUUAUGAAAUUCUAUGCUUCUGUUGCUGCUCUGGUUAUCUCUCCAAAAGGCAGUGAAACUGUGGAAAGGAUAGAGAAGAGAGUGUUGGAUUCCAACCCUGUCAUGGAAGCAUUUGGAAAUGCGUGUACCCUGCGGAACAACAACAGCAGCCGGUUUGGAAAAUAUAUCCAGCUGCAGCUAGACAGAUUCCACCAUCUGAGCAGUGCUUCCAUUCAGACUUUCCUUUUGGAGAAGACCAGAGUUGCCUAUCAGGCCCCCAAUGAAAGAAACUUUCAUAUUUUUUAUCAGAUCACAAAAGGUGCCACUGCAGAGGAGAGGCUGGAAUGGAACCUUCCAGAAGGGGCUGACUACCACUGGCUGCCAAAUUCUGAAAGAAACUUGGAUGAGGACUGCUUCGAGGUGACCAGAGACGCAAUGUUGCACUUGGGCAUUGACCGCUCCACGCAGAACAAUAUUUUCAAGGUAUUGUCAGGCCUUCUCCAUCUUGGGAACGUUCAAUUCUCUAAUCCAGUGGAUGAAUCUCAGCCUUGUGACCUAGAAGAGAAAGCCAAAGAUUUUGUGAAAACCACUGGGGGUCUGCUGAAGAUACCUGUUGAGGAACUGCUGGAAUCAUUAAGAAUUCGAACAAUAACUGCUGGAAAACAACAACAAGUCUUCAAGAAGCCUUGCUCCAGAGCUGAAUGUGAGACCAGGAGGGACUGCCUUGCCAAAGUCAUCUAUGCUAAAUUGUUUGAAUGGCUCGUUUUGGUCAUAAAUGAAAGCAUCUAUGCAGAUCCAUCAGUGUGGACCAGCUUCAUAGGUCUGUUGGAUGUUUAUGGGUUUGAAGCCUUCCCUGAAAACAACUUGGAACAGCUUUGUAUUAAUUAUGCCAAUGAGAAACUGCAGCAGCACUUUGUAGCACACUAUCUGAAGGCACAACAGGAAGAAUAUGCAGCUGAAGGGUUACAGUGGUCCUUCAUAAAUUACCAGGAUAACCAGAACUGCCUGGAUCUGAUAGAGGGCAAUCCUCUCAGCAUUUUUUCUUUGCUGAAUGAGGAGUGUCGUCUGAACAGAUCCUCCAACACUGACCUGUUUCAAACUCGGAUUGAGAAAGCCUUGUCUCAUAAUCACUGUUUAAGUCGAAACAAGUUUAGUAAGAAACCUAACUUCAUUAUUUCACACUAUGCUGGCAAGGUCUGCUAUCAGCUGGCAGCAAUGGUGGAGAAAAAUAAGGACCCCAUUCCACCAGAGCUGGUCCAUGUUUUGCAGAACUCUAAGGACCCUUUGCUUCAAAAAUUAUUUCCUGUGACAGAAAGGAACCAAAAUAACAUCAAAACCCAGAACAGAGCAGCUGUUGUUACAGUGGUGUCAAAGUUCAAGAGCUCACUUGAACAUCUCAUGCAGAUUUUGAACAGCACCACACCGCAUUACAUCCGAUGCAUCAAGCCUAAUGCUGAAUGCAAGGCCAUGACUUUUAAAAGAGAAGAGGUUCUCAGCCAGCUUCAGGCGUGUGGAAUAGUGGAAGCCAUCACCAUCAGUGCAGCAGGCUUCCCUAUUAGGAUCCCUUUCCAGAGUUUCACUGAGCGCUAUGGAAUACUGAGAAAAUCAUGUGGGUCCAAUAAAACCAGAGUGUGUGAUAAAAGCAACUAUCCUACUGCCCUGAAAAAAGGCCAGGCUCCAGUGGUGGAUGAUGACAAAGCAUCACAUUCUGUUGUUUUUGAGAUCCUUCAGAAUGUUCUUACAGGACAAACUGCAGCUGAGCCAACAGGGAACAGAGCAGGAAACACUUCAGUGUACUGUGGCAAAACCAAAGUAUUUAUGGCCAAUUCUGUGCUGGAGCAAUUGGAAGCUAGAAGGGCCAAGGUGUUAAAUGAGAAAGCUUUCUGCAUUCAGUGCUGCUGGAGAAGAUUUAAACACAAGAAACUAGUGAAGGAGAGAUGGUCUGCAACUGUCAUCCAAGCAGCUGUUCGUUCCUGGUUGGCCAAGAAUCGCUUCCAAAGGAUGCGCCGGGCUGCUGAUGUCAUUAAGCAUGGCUGGAGGAAAUGGAAAGCAAAAAUGGCUGCGUUAGCAGCAGCAGAAUUGGAUGAGGGUGAAGAAAAGGUGUUCACCUCAGUUCCUGGAGUCACAAUGAUCUCAACCAAACCACCUUGCUCUUUGGGAACAACUUGGCCUCUGCAAGCAAUAAUUCAGUUCUGGCCUCUUGGCCUUGUCCUGGCUGCUGCUCCUGUGACUGUAACAGGCCUUCGGAGAGACCUGUCCCUCCUGGCAUGCCUCAGAGUACUUCAGGAGAGUGACUGCUACAGGGUGGAAAGCUGCUUCUUUGGCUGUGGCAUCACUUCCAUUAGAGCCCUCCCACAGGGCUCUGUCAAGUUUCACUGUAAGAAGUCUCCCCUGCAUUAUGCAAAUGUCAGCCCCUGUACGGAUGCCUGUUCCAUCACUGGAUUUAACCAGAUUUUACUGGACAGAAAGGAACUCCUUCCAACAUAGGUUCUGGCCAUCAGCAUAUACUGUACUUUUUCCUUCAGGGAAGGACUGUCUGCAAGCUGCUGCUUUCAAUUUACUCAACGUCCGUAUCUGCUGCUACCUCAGAGCUUUCUAUAUUGAUGCACUGUAUGUAUCAUACAAUAUACUUCAAAUUUAGAAUGCAUGGGGGAGCGUUUCUCCUCUCAGACACACGCACAUAUUAGAGGAAUUAUCAGUACUAUGAGAACACUCAACAUAAUUAAAAUAGAUCAAGUGCUUUCAGAAAUAUAUACUUGAACUGAACACUUCUGACACUACCUGGGAGAAGCAAGAGGCAGGUAAUGAGACAGCAAAUCAAACAUUUCUGAUGCGUGCUGGAUUCCCAUUAGGAGGUGCAACUACAACUCUUCUGACUGACCACCGGUGUUCAGUAACACCAGAACACUUCUGGCUGUGACAGAGGAAGUGUGUAGCAGUCAGCUCUAACACUAACAGCAGAUGUCUCAGGGAAAAGCAAGACUGAACUCUUGCUUUUUAUCUACAGGACCAAAACAUGAAGUCUCCCAAUGGCCAUGCAUUUCUACUGCUCCCUGUUCAACACCAUUCCCUCUGCCAUGGGGCCAAGGUUUUCACCAGAGGUGCUUUAUAUCUUCUCUGUUGCUCACAUAGGUCUUGAAAAUGUUCAGCUCUUCAGUGUGCCACUGUUAAUUAAACUGUUAAAUAUCUUGUAAA